UUUGUAAUAAUAUUCAAUCAACAAAUAAUGAGAGUAUCACAAUUAUAUCUCCUUAAAGUCCUUUGCAAUCAUCAAUUAUCACUUCAAUAGUAUCAUAGGACCACACUAAAACAAGAUAACUAAUUAUUUGCAAAGUAGUUUUUUUAAGGGGGACGGGGUCUAUGAAUGAAUUUUAGGAACACAUUUUGAUCCAAGACUACGCGGAACACACUGAUUCGGCCCCAAGUAUAUCGACCGCUGUAGAGCACGACUAAUAAUAUCGAAGUUUUGAAAUACAUUUCUUUAUCAAAUGAGAUUUAAAUCAUAUUUUACUGUAUAACUAAAUAAAGACGUAAAUUAUCGAUACAUUUACUCACGCUCACAUUCGUUUAAAAGUUAAAACCUUAGAACUAGAAAUGGGUCGAUUCUUAUAAUUUGAGUUGUGGUUGGUCGACAGUUUGGACGUUUAGUGUCCUCUCAUGCUAACUCUUCUCUUCUCUCUUUCUACUGGAAGUUCUAGCUACAGUACAGGUCUACAGACAAUCAAAAAAAGAAAAUGGCUUCACUUGUACGGUGUAUCUUUGGAGCAAGGCUGUACAGAACGAAUUCUCAUGGAACAGUUAAGGGUCAUGAUUACCAACCCAAUUCUGUUGAGAAGCACAGUGACAAUAUCAUCAAGCUGAUUUCAUUUUGCUGGUCAUUUGGAUACUACACAUCUCCAAUAAUCUUAACGAUCUUGUAUCGAAGAGGUUACUUCAGCCUGGAUGGGGCUUUGAGUCUUGGAAAGUUUGGUGGCAUGGUACUACUUGCAUUAUGUGGAGCCUACUAUGUUCGAGGUUUAGGAAGAGUUAGUAAUCCAGAGUAUGGUACUUUCAUCAGUCUACUGGAUGAGAUCAAUAGGAAUGAACAGAGUGAGAAGAGGAAAGAGUUGCAGAUCUAUGAUUUCGAAUUCGCUGCUUGGCCAGUCGAUUAUCAGUGGAGUGAAAGUGCCAGCCAGCCGCUGUGGAAGGACCAGUCCUCUCCAGGCUCCCAGAGAUCCCGGGGUGCUGUUGAAUGGCUUGGUGGGUUGCCAUGCCAACUGCUUGGUUACCUGGCCAUUCACAGCUUUGGGUGCAGGAUAGUGUAUCCAGGAAGCACAGCUCUGCUCAAUGCAGCGAUAGGUUCUCAACUUCUUCUCGGGAGGAUGAAACUGGUUGAGAAGGACCACGGGAAGAGAGCUAAACUCAGGACCAAGGAUGGCAACUCUAUCGACACCAUGUUUGUAGACAGGAGACUCAAGACGGUAUUCCCCAAUGGACAAAAACUGGUGAUUACGAGUGAAGGAAAUGCAGGAUUUUACGAGAUAGGGUGCAUGGAGACACCCCUCAAAGCUGGAUAUUCUGUGCUUGGAUGGAACCACCCUGGAUUUGGAGGGAGUACCGGGUCACCGUUUCCCGAGUCUGAAGGCAACGCCAUUGCAGCGGUUAUGCAGUACGCAGUGGACGAGCUUGGCUUUGCGUACGAUGACAUCAGUCUGUUUGCCUGGUCUAUAGGAGGAUUCGCUACGUCAUGGGCGGCCAUGAAUUAUCCGCAGCUUUCAUUUGUUAUUGUAGAUGCAACGUUUGAUGAUCUUAUACCUCUUGCUAUAGCUAAGAUGCCGCAAAGUUUGUCAUAUUUUGUUGCUUCAACAAUAAAGACAUACAUGAACAUGAAGAUAGCAGACAACCUUAGCAACUACAAGGGUCCCCUGAGGAUAGUUAGAAGAACAAAGGAUGAAAUCAUUAUAACAUCUGAAUUUCCUGAUGUAGCAUAUAACAGAGGGAAUGAUCUCCUAAUCAAGAUAUUACAAUCAAGGUAUCCAAAGCUGUUAGAUGAAGAGGUGACAAAAGUUUUGAGGCAAUUCAUCAGCAUUACAGAUCAACUAAGCAUGUUAUCCAUGUAUUCAGCGUUUGACGUAGAAGACUCCGCCUGCUUACGGGUUCUUAAAGACUAUGCUGAGAAGCACUCUACCAAGUUCCCCAUGCUCAUAGGUGAAGACAUGACUCAUGCAAGGAAGGUGCAAUUGACUUUGUACUUGAGCACAAAGUACAUGACAGACUUUGACUCCACUCACUGUUCCCCCCUGCCAGCGUCUUACUUCCUACCCCCAUGGUCUCUGGACGAUGAGAUGAAUUGAUAGCCGCCUCCUCCCC